CUUUUUUGCAGUAAUCAUUUGCGGCGUGUAGCAGCCUCGAUACGAAAAAAAAAAAUUAGUCUGAAAAAUUUAGCGAUGGAGAUGAGACUAUAUCAACCAACUAAACAUAUUCAUAUACAAAUACAUAAACACACAUAAACAAAUACAUACAUACAUACAUAUAGUUAGACAUGAAGAUCAAGACUAUCAGUAGGUCAGCGGACCAAUAUGUACCUGUAAGAAAUACUCAAGAAUCUAGUCUUCCUCGUAAUUUAAAUCCAGCAUUGCAUCCAUUUGAAAGAGCUCGUGAAUAUACCAAAGCUGUUACAGCAACUAAGUUGGAAAGAAUGUUUGCUCAACCAUUUAUAGGUCAAUUAGGUGAUGGACAUAGAGAUGGUGUAUAUUGUAUUGCAAAGAAUUUUGGUACUACUAAUCAAGUUGCAAGUGGAUCAGGAGAUGGGAUUAUAAAAUAUUGGGAUAUGACUAGUAGACAAGAAACAGUUACAUUUAAAGCUCAUUAUGGAUUAGUUACAGGUUUAAGUGUAACACCUGGGAAAACGCAUAUGUUAAGUUGUGGAGAUGAUAAAUAUAUUAAAUUAUGGUCAGUUAAUUAUAAUGAAUUUGAUGCAGGUUUUGGAGAAGAAGAUGUAUAUGAUAAGAAGAGUCAAGGAUUAGUUAAAACAUUUUUAGGUGAACAUGCCUUUAAAGGAUUAGAUCAUCAUUUUAAUGAAGAUAUAUUUGUAACUGGUGGAUUAUCUAUACAAUUAUGGGAUAUGAAUCGUUCUAAAUAUGUUAGUGAUUUAAGUUGGGGUGCUGAUAAUAUUAAUACUGUAAAAUUUAAUAAAACAGAAACUAAUAUAAUUGCAUCAGCAGGUUCAGAUAAUUCUAUUGUUUUAUAUGAUAUUAGAACCAAUACUGCUAUACAAAAAGUUGUAACUAAUUUAAGAACUAAUUGUAUUAGUUGGAAUCCAAUGGAAGCAUUUAAUUUUGCCAGUGGUAGUGAUGAUCAUAAUGCAUAUUUAUGGGAUAUGAGAAAUUUAAAUAAAUCAUUAAAUGUUUAUAAAGAUCAUGUUGCUGGUAUAAUGGAUAUUGAUUUUUCACCAACUGGUGAAGAAUUAGUUACUGGAUCAUAUGAUAAAACCAUCAGAAUUUUUAGAUCAAGAGAAGGUCAUUCAAGAGAUAUUUAUCAUACUAAACGUAUGCAAAGAAUAUUUUGUGUUAAAUAUACUACAGAUGCAAGAUAUAUAUUAAGUGGAUCAGAUGAUACUAAUGUAAGAAUUUGGAGAGCCAAUAGUUCAGAUAGAGCCGGAAUUAAAUCUUCAAGACAAAGAGCUAAGAUGGAAUAUGAUAAUGCAUUAAAGGAAAGAUUUAAGCAUAUGCCAGAAAUUAAAAGAAUUUCAAGACAUAGACAUGUACCAAUUGUUAUUAAAAAAGCUAAUGAAAUUAAAAGAGUUGAACUUGAAAGUUUAAAGAAAAGACAAGAAAAUGAUAGAAAACAUAGUAGAGCUGGUAGUAAACCAUAUGUACCAGAAAGACAAAAGCAUAUUAGAGGUACUGCAAUUAAGGAAGAUAAGUAGAAGUAUGUGGUUAGUAGUAAGUGGUUAGUAAUAAGUAGUAAGUAAUAGGUAGCCUCUAACAAACUCCCCAAUAUAAAAAUGCAUAAAUAAUACUUUAUAAAAUCAGAAGCUGACGUUCCAUACUUCCCCUUCAUCGCACUUAAGCCCCACCAAUUAUUGGCUUGGCUUGUAAAUUAGUAGCGUCAUGAGAUUACACUUAUAGUUAAAGUUAAAGUUACAGUUAACAACCAUUAGACUUAUCAGAGAAGUAUACAAAUCAAUCGAUUUUAUCUAUGAUCAUUUUACGAAGUAAACUUAAACUUUACUAAAA